AUGAUGAGUCAUUCCUCUCUAGCAAAUUUUGUUUUCAGUAAGACUGCUGUAAUGAUGACAACGCAUGUCAACUACAUGGCAAUACGGAAACUCAAUGGGUGUAGUCGACACAAGGCGGACCUGUGCAGCUUUUUCUGUUUGUUUUCGUGUGCUGACGUCACUCACGACUGUAUAAAGACUGCAUCCUCACAUCUGCUGAGUGUCGCUCCUGCUAUGGCUCAACUCAGCUCACUGCAUGUGUCCGUGGGCAUACUGGGCAUCUCUGGCGGUUCUCUCCUGCUUUUGGUGAACAACUAUGCCAGCUCUCCUGAAAAAGACUUCAUCCCCCAUACUGCACUGGGGAUUCUGCUCCUCAUCAUCGCUGCCCUCUUAGCUUAUGCAGGUAUCCGUCGCAGUUUGUCCCACGCCCAGCUGUUUUCCUCUGUGUGUCUGACUAUCUCUGCUCUGUGGUGUGGUUCAGGCCUGGUGUACAUCCUGGCAGGGCAGGGGGUGCUAAAGCCCACAGAGCUAAGAUCCUCUUUGAUCCCCGGCCUGGCAGCGUUUACAUUAGCCCUGCUCCUCAUAGGCAAUGUGGCACUUGUGGUAAAGAAAGUAGUUCUGUGUCUCAUAGCUGUCUGCAUUAGCUUAGCUUGUGCCCACCAAAUUGCCGGUCUGUCAGCUUCAGGUUUCGGCCAGUCUGCCACAGCUGCUAACUACCUCCUUGUCUGUCUGGUGGGUGUUUAUUUUGGUUUUGGACGUCUGCUGUCCAUCGUCACUCAUGGUAAAGUGGAACCUCCAGGAACUGGCCUGAAGAGAAAAGAUGAGCUGAAAACAGGGCAGAAGCAGGAGUGUAGUGAUGCAGUGUCAGUGGGUCUGGUGAUGAACUUACUUUCAGCCUCUGUGUUAGCCUGUCCUCUGUUAGGUGUGGUCCCUCAGCUCUUUGUCGGUCACGUCCCCUGGCUGUGGACAGCUGGAGUCUUCCAGCUUGGCAUGUGUGUCCUCUUCUACCGAGCCAUGGACACACUAGCUGCUACUUUUUACGGCUUCACUGCUCUCCUGAGAUUUGCAGAGGGCUACAGUGCUCUCCUAUCAUUCUACAAAGUGGAGCCUUUCUCCCCGGUUCCCUUCCCUGUCGUCUUCUCUGUGCUUUUCUUCAUCCUGGCUCUGUUUAGUUGUCAGAAGAGUUUGCUGGAGGGGUUCUACCAGUUGUUCUUUUCAGCGUAUUGUAUCGCCAUUGCAGCCCAGCCUCGAGGCUUCUUCCAAGGAGGCACUCAGGGAGUACAGGCAGCUAUAUUUGUAGCCUCUGCCAUCAUGCUUUUAAUUACCGCAUUCAAUAUGGUCUCCACUAAAAUGAUUCCCACAGGGCAGGGCUAUUUCAAGGCUUUAGUAACCAGGACGCGGGGUCUCACUCUCAGAGCCCAUGAUAAAGAGCUCCAUGCACCUCACCUGGGCUACUCCAAAUAUGCAGACGCAGAAGUGUUAGGCUACGCCUGCAGUGUACUGGCUGCUUUUGCUGUCACAGCCACAAUUGGUGACAGAAAUCCUCUGUCUGUGCUGGUUCUGCCCUGGGUGGUGGUGGCUGGUGGGGCACUUCAGCUGCUCUGCGGCUCGGUUGCUUUCUCUCGGGGUAAAACCUUUGAGAGCACAGUUUUUAUAGUCUACGGGGUGAUGUGGACAGUGUGGGGGUUGACACGAUACGGAGGUCUGUACGGUGAUACCAGAGGCUUUAAUGUGGCCGUCGGGAUCAUCUGCUUCAUGCUGUUUAACUGUUUAGUGACAGUGGCGGCACUGUUUCUAAAUGUUGCCUGGUUUGUCUAUGCAUUCACCUUCCAGCUCAUCCUCAUUAGCUUCCUGCUGGAUGCAGUAGGUGCACUGCCUUAUGGUUAUGACAUAGGAGUCACCAUCAUCUUUGGCCUUGUUAGUUUUUAUUGUUUUUUGGCUCACAUUUUCAACAGCACCUUCCAGACCCCCCAGAUCCCCUUAGGAAAACCUUUAGUGAAGCUGAGUGGGGUUGGAGGAGGGGCAGAUAUCUGUCCUCAUGUGCCGGCCCGCAAGGCUUCAUCUGUCCAACAGAUUGCAGAAAUCAUGAAAAAUGGUGGCAUAUGUGGAAUGCCUACAGACACUGUCUAUGUGCUGGUGGCAGCUUGCAACAGGCCAGAUGCAGUUGUCAAAGCUUACAAGGUGAAGAAGCAGGCGCAGGACCGACCCAUGUCCCUGUGGAUCUCUUCCAUCAAGCAGCUGGAGCCGGUCCGACAUCUGCUGAGCCCUCUGCUCCUGGACUUCAUGGAAGCUGCGUGGCCCUCCUCCAUCAGCAUGGUCAUACCCAGAGGCCCAUGGAUGGACACCUUUGGUUUAGGAGAAGCUGCCAAACACAUAGGGACUCCACAAAGCAUCGCUAUCAGGAACCCAGACUGCACUGUGGCCACACACCUCAUUAACCUGGUGGGGCCCAUUGCUGUGACCUCAGCCAACCCUACAGGCGAGGCAGACACAACUCACCACAACCAAGUUUAUGCCAAGCUGGGCAACAAGGUGGACGGGGUGUUAUGUGAUGGAGCCUCGCCAGAGAACAUUGCAUCCACUGUGGUUGACUGCACAAAGAUUGAAACAGGAAACAUUGGUUUCUUCAGAGUUGGUCUCAUUCCUAAAUCCAAGGUUCUUCAGAUCUUUGAGGAGGUUCAGAGGCGGCACAGACAAGGGCAGACGAAUCCUGCUUUUGAAUAUGAUAUAAAUCUGCCAGAUACACAAAUAGACAGAGGUUCAGGAGAGGACAAUGCAGCAGAGUCGGGAAGAGGAAGUGGAAGCUCAACACCACGCACUAAUUCCCCUGAUCAAAGUCCAGUCCUUAGAAAUGAGUCAUAGUAUCAAUGCACUGCUUCAAAAUGCUGCCUGCUGCAUUAUAAAUAAUAUAUUGUAAUCUAAUGUGCGGUUGUUGUAAAGUUGUCAAAUGAAAAAAUCACGCACUGAUUGGCAUCAUUAGCCAUUCCUUUCUUUGAGUAUGCCCUCUGAACAACCAUGAAGAAUCCCAUAAGCUGUGUUUUAUUUUGGCCACACUGAUGUCUUUAUCAAGUAUGUUGUUUUGUGUAGUUCUUAGAGCCAACUGUAUGUUAAGUGUUAAUAACACACAAAUGUUCAUGCAUCAUUUGUUAUAUGACUAUAUAUGUGUAAAUUAUGGUGUGUAAUAUAUUAUGUACAGAUGUUUUGCUUAUGUUGACGGUCAAGUCAAACUUUAUAUUUUAUAUCUGUAUACCAGAUAACAUGAGUGCACUUACUGUGUAUAGUUUUAGGAUAAUAAAAUUGCACUACUUCCAUACUCAUCAACAAUUACACAUAUACAGAAAAACAUACACACACAUACAUAAAAAAAACUAAACAAUUUAAUGAAAUGAAAAUAAUUCAAAGACAAGCACACCUCUCCUAUAAUCACCUCUCCUGAUAAUGUGCUUAAAUUUCUGCUGUCGUGAAAUUUAAGCAAAUUAUCAAUACUGUGACAAUUUAAAUCAUAUAGUUAAAAGAUAUCAGCAGAAAUAAGUAAUAAAAUAUGUA